AUGAUUGAGGUAGAAGAUGUUGAAGACGAGGAUGAGGUACAAGAGACGGCUGAAGAAGAAGUUGCUCAACCGAAGCAUGGAGUUCCUAAGGAAGAAAAUGUUUUGAAAGAGGAUAUUCCAAUUUCUUUUCCACACCUAGCAAGGAGGACCAAGAAGCAAGUGGAGCUAGAUCCCAAUAUGGUGGAUAUCUUCAAAAAGGUCGAGGUAGCUAUUCCCCUUUUUGAUGCUAUUCGCCAAGUUCCUAAGUAUGCUAAGUUUCUAAAGGAUUUAUGCAUGAAUAAGGAGAAGAUUCAUGAUCUAGAAACUAUUUCUUUGGGUAGCUCAAUUUCAACUUUGAUGGGUGCUAUACUGGAGAAAUGUGGUGAACCCGGUCCUUGUCUAGUUACUUGCACUAUAGGUGGUAUACAAUUUGUUGAUUGCAUGUGUGACCUAGGUACUUGUGUCAGCAUUAUGCCUUUAUCUGUUUAUGAUGCAUUGAAGCUUCCACCGUUGAAAAGGUCGGUAGCCCAUUUUGUUUUGGCGGAUAAAAGCAUAAUCUUGGUGGUUGGCAUUGCGGAAGAUGUCUUAGUGAACAUUAAGGGGUUGACUUUUCCAAUUGAUUUUUACAUUCUUGAGAUGUCCCCUAAUGACUCUAGAAGACGAUCAUCUAUCUUACUUGGGAGGUCAUUCUUGAAAAUCUCCCGUUUUAAAUUGGAUGCUUUUUUGGGUACCUAUUCCUUUGAAAUUGAUAAAAGAGUAGUGAGUUUCAAUCUUGAUGAGGCUAUGAAGCAUCCACCGGAGGACCAUUCUCUCUUCCGACACCUUGCCACCUCUGGUGCUACCGGAUAA